AGUCAUCAAUCGUGUAGCAAUUGUAAAGUAAGUUUGUGGUUUAAAAUUUUUAUUUAUUUGAAGUCUGUGACACUCUAUACGAUGUUUUAAUUCCUAAACUUUAUAUAUUUUUAUAACUAUUUAAUUUAUGACAUGAAAUCUGUGGAUAAUAUCGCCUCCUAUUGUCGUCACUUGAUAUUUUGACUGAAAGUUUAGUAGUUUUGCUUGAGGUUAGAGCUGUUGCUCGAAACGAACCUGUUCGUUGUUUAGUUAAUCUGAAGUAAUUACUUUUUUUAGUGCAUAAUAUUAUUAAGUUUUAAGCUGAACAAUGGCAUGUGCAACGUUGAAGCGAUCUCUCGACUUUGAUCCAGUCCAUAGUCCUGGAAGACCUCCCAAGAGGCAGCGAUGCUCUCAGAUGUACAUGUCGCCAUCAAGCCCAACUCGUCAUGAAGGUGUCAAUCCAUCGCCCUUCGAAGCGGCGUGUAGCAGAAUGACUCCGGAAAAGAUGGCAGCAAGGAUCCACGAGGAAUUCCGCCGCAUGAACCGCCGCAAGCAAUUGAAUUACCCGAGCGGGGAUGGCCAUGAUUCUGCUUCCGACGUUCCGAUGGAUUCUCCGGGAUCGCCGACGAGCUCUAGCAUGACAUGUGCAUUCAGCAAUAAAGAAAAGCCGCUGUUCACUUUCCAGCAGGUGGGGCUGAUCUGCGAGCGCAUGCUUAAGGAACAAGAGGGGCGCAUUCGCGAGGAGUACGAUCGCAUCCUGCACACGAAACUGUCGGAACAGUACGACACCUUCGUGAAGUUCACGUACGAUCAGCUGCAGAAGCGUUUCGAGAGUGAUGCCAUGCCGAGCUACCUCUCCUAAAUCAUCCAGUUUCUCACUUUUGGACCAAGCUCCAAAGAUAAAAAGGAAAAAAAAAUAUUUAUGCUAUACCAAUUUACAAGUUAAGGAACAUGAAACAUAAUUGUAUCUCAUAUUUAGUCUAAAAGCUGUGCCUAAAUAUUGUACGAAUUGCAAAAAUAAACAGUAGCCUUAGGGAGAGGGUAGUCAAAUUGUAAAGAUUCUUGACUUUAAGCAUGUUUAAAAAAGGACAUCUAACACAGUUUUGAUAAUAUUGUUUUAUGUGUUAAGUAAGUUGAUAACUUUUUUAAAUUUGUAAUUAAAUUGGGGGUGGAAUUUAAACAAGCUGUGUUAGCUGAAAAUGGCGUACUUUCUAUGUGUAGUGGUAUUCAUUUAUCCAGACUUUAUCUAACUAGGGAUGUGCAAGUAAUGGAUUGCAGUUCAUAUGAAUGCUGAGUAGUUGGGGAGGCUUAGCUCCUGCAAAAACAUUUCUACCAGCUGUUAAUCAAAAAAAGUUUGACAUCAACCUCAAGAAAAAUGAAGCCCUGCUAUUAUAUUGUGAGUUGACAGUUAUUUUACAGUAUGUUUUAUUUAGUAUUUUUAUAGUGUUUAUUUUGUGACUGUUUUAUUUAUUUCAAGUGAAGUCAUCAUUUUCUAACAAUAUGUUAGAGGUUAUUUUUCUACACAGACACAUUCUACCACAGCAAAACAAGAGUUGGAUGCCUAUUGUCUUAUGAGAUUGUGGGUAUCCUACACAAUUUUAAGUUGACUGCAUAUGAUUAUCUCAUGCACAUAUUUUCCAUUUUGUUUUUGAAAUUUUUUUAGUAAAUUGUAAAUGAUCAUAUCUACCUGAAUGUUCAUUGAAAUAGUUGGUUCUUUUAAUGUAUCGACUUAAGUUUAUACUUAGAUGUAUGAUUCCUAUCUUGUUCAUAUUAUUAUUAUUUUUAAUUCUUGAGUUCGGGUGAAUACUUCAAGUUAGGUUUUCAGAAACGGUGCGUCUAAAGACUUUGUAAUCCCACGGAUAAAUUUGGUUUUGCUAGUGAAUAGUUAUUAGUGUUUUAAUCCAACACAAUUCAAGUGCACAUGUAGAAAAAAUUGUUUUUAAAAAUUGAGUUUAUUGUAGUUGUAUAGUUUCAAUUUAAAAUGCUGUAUUUACUUUGUAUGAAAUGUAUGUGGCUUAAAGCAAGAUGCUGUUCAGCUGGUUCACUAGAGUUGAUGCAACUCCAAUCCCCAUCUGAUGUUAGUCACGUAAUUCCAGCAAGCAUCCAUUUAUAAAUUUAUAUUUGCUUCACGAUUAAGUUUUUUGAUGUUUAAAUGUAAGGAAAUUUAAUGUUCUGGUGUAUGUAAAGAGCAUGUUUGUUUUUCAAGUUUGUUGGUGCGGACUAUAGGCGCUAAAAUUGAAUGGAAUUGUGUUAAUUAUAGUAAAUAAACUUCUUGUAAUUAAAA